AUGUUCACAUCGAAAUCUCCUUUUUUAGCCUUUGCUUCAUAAUUCUUCAUCUUUUUUGCCUCAACAAUGGCCGGAGGAAAGUCGAAGAGCAAAGCGUCCAAGAAGAAAGGUCCGGCCGAGGCCACAACCUCUGCGCCUCAACCCUUUCCGUACCUGGACGGAUCCUUUCUCGAGUUUGGCUCGGAGGAAGAACUCACUCGCUUCAUCACCCACUUCGCCAAACGCCCUAUCUCUUCGCCAAGGGUGCUACCCGAGUUGUUCCCUCACCAAAAAGGGUACCACGACCUCGACAAUCAACUCAAAGAGUCGGCGGAGAAACGCCUCCUCCUCUACAUCCUCACCCGGAUCCUCCGCCCCCGGGAUGACAGCCACACCUCGCUCUUCAACGACGACUUGAGGGUAAUUCAUGCGAUCAUGCACGGCGCCUCCAUCAAUUGGGCGAAGUACAUCAUGAUUCACAUGACAGAUUGCGCCUCCAUUCUCCACGAGCGGAGCUUGCCAUACGCUUUCCUUGUCAUGGACCUCAUCGUCUCUGCCGACAUCCUUAUUGUCGGGCCAAGCACGAAGAUGACGAAGCUUUGGGUCAUCGCCGACAACACCUUCAAGAAGAAGUCCGGAAACCGAAACGGCGCCGGAACGAGUCGUGCCUGUGCCCCUGCCCGUGCCCCCGCUCCCGCUCGGGCCUCAUUGCAGUCCAUAGCCGACACCCUGAAUCGGCUAACCCUCACGGUGGACGGCAUGGGGCAGUACAUGGAGAGGAUGGACUGGACGCUGCAACGCCAACACCAUGACAUGAGGGCGUUCUUUCGCGGCAUCAACUACGCCCCGCCGCCCUUUGACAGCACCAUCCUCGGCCAAAACUAUGAAGGCAAAGACGAGGACGAUGACUCCUAUGCUCCGUCCUCCUCCCCCGACGAGGCCAACUUUGAGGACGCGGUCGAUGGCGAUCCCAUGGACGUCGAGGACGACGAGGGUGAUGAUGACGACGAGGACGAGGACGCCGAUGCCUAGACUCUUCCUUUCUUUCCUUUCCUUACUAUGAUUGUAUUUGUUAUUUCCAUUCCGUUGUAUUCCGCAUUUCCCUUUUUUUAAUGAAUAAAAGUUUACUUU